GUCCAUGCCUUUUCCCCCAGCAAAUAAGCCGCAGUUCCUUUGGUUGCCAGCAGAUGGGAAUCCAAGUUAGUGUAGAAGUUAAGGAGUGGAUGCAAGUACCGGCUGGUACCCAAGCGUGAGAAUCCGCUCAUUUCGCACUCAACAGGGGGAGCACCGUCUCGGACAUCGUGAGGAGAGCCCUGUACCCUAAUGUCAGUGGGAGCGGAGACCAUGAAGACAGAAGAUCAGGCUCAUCGCCUUGCAUGCAGCUCCGGCAUCCCGGUACGCUGAAGCCUUCCCACCUACAGAGGACUGAAUGACGAGGCGGCAUGGCAGGCGGACGGCGAGGACUCGUGGCCCCCCAGAACACUUUCCUAGAAAAUAUUGUCAGGCGAUCUAACGACACCAAUUUUGUUCUGGGGAAUGCCCAGAUCGUGGACUGGCCCAUCGUGUACAGCAACGAUGGAUUCUGCAAGCUUUCCGGCUACCACCGGGCCGAGGUCAUGCAGAAGAGCAGCACGUGCAGCUUCAUGUACGGCGAGCUCACGGAUAAAGAGACCACAGAGAAAGUACGGCUGACCUUCGAGAACUAUGAGAUGAACUCAUUUGAAAUACUCAUGUACAAGAAGAACCGAACACCGGUAUGGUUCUUCGUCAAAAUCGCUCCCAUCCGCAAUGAACAGGACAAGGUAGUGCUGUUCCUGUGCACCUUCAGUGACAUCACAGCAUUUAAACAGCCAAUCGAAGAUGAUUCAUCCAAAGGUUGGGGGAAGUUCGCCCGUCUGACCCGUGCUCUGACCAGCAGCCGAGGCGUCCUGCAGCAGCUGCAGCCCACCGUACACAAGGGGGAGAACGUCCACAAGCACUCUCGCUUAGCAGAGGUGCUGCAGCUUGGCUCUGACAUCCUGCCGCAGUACAAGCAGGAGACUCCGAAGACCCCUCCUCACAUCAUACUCCACUACUGUGCCUUCAAGACUACCUGGGACUGGGUGAUCCUCAUCCUCACCUUCUACACUGCCAUCAUGGUGCCCUACAACGUGUCUUUCAAGACCAAGCAGAACAACGUGACCUGGCUGGUAGUGGACAGCAUCGUGGACGUAAUCUUCCUGGUGGACAUCGUGCUCAAUUUCCACACCACCUUCGUUGGACCGGCCGGCGAGGUCAUCUCUGACCCCAAGCUCAUCCGCAUGAACUAUCUGAAAACGUGGUUCGUCAUCGACCUGCUGUCAUGCCUGCCAUACGAUGUCAUCAACGCCUUUGAGAAUGUGGACGAGGUCAGUCCCCUUCCCAGAAUCCUCUGCAUUGACAUUAACUGCUCCUUGGUGUUUACCCCAGGCCUUGUUAAAUAUUUACAGCGCCUCCUGACUGCUCUCUUGUCGUCCCCCCCCCAGGGUAUCAGCAGCCUGUUCAGCUCCCUUAAGGUGGUCCGGCUGCUGCGUCUGGGCCGCGUGGCCCGCAAGCUGGAUCACUACAUUGAGUAUGGCGCCGCCGUGCUGGUGCUGCUGGUGUGCGUGUUUGGGCUGGCCGCCCACUGGCUGGCCUGCAUCUGGUACAGCAUCGGCGACUAUGAGGUCAUCGACGAGGACACCAAUUCGGUGCGCACGGACAGCUGGCUCUACAUGCUGGCCGAGACCGUGGGCUCGCCAUACCGCUUCAACGCCAGCGGCUUGGGCAGGUGGGAGGGCGGGCCCAGCAAGGACUCUGUGUACAUCACCUCCCUCUACUUCACCAUGACCAGCCUCACCAGCAUCGGAUUUGGGAACAUCGCCCCCACCACUGAUGGCGAGAAGAUCUUCGCCGUGGCCAUGAUGAUGAUUGGAUCUCUCCUCUACGCCACCAUCUUUGGUAACGUGACCACCAUCUUUCAGCAGAUGUACGCCAACACCAACAGGUACCACGAGAUGCUGAACAGCGUGAGGGACUUCCUGAAGCUCUACCAGGUGCCCAAGGGCCUGAGUGAGAGGGUCAUGGACUAUAUUGCCUCCACCUGGUCCAUGUCCAGAGGCAUAGACACUGAAAAGGUACUGCAGAUUUGUCCCAAGGACAUGCGGGCAGACAUCUGUGUGCACCUGAACAGGAAGGUGUUCAAGGAGCACCCAGCCUUCCGGCUGGCCAGUGACGGCUGCCUGCGCGCUCUGGCCAUGGAGUUCCAGACUAUCCACUGUGCCCCUGGGGAUCUCAUAUACCACGCAGGCGAGAGCGUGGACAGCCUGUGCUUCGUGGUGUCCGGGUCCUUAGAGGUCAUCCAGGAUGAUGAAGUCGUCGCCAUUUUGGGGAAGGGGGACGUAUUUGGCGACGUGUUCUGGAAGGAAGUGACCCUCGCCCAGGCCUGCGCUAACGUGCGAGCCCUGACGUACUGUGACCUCCAUGUCAUCAAGCGCGACGCCCUGCAGAAAGUUCUGGAGUUCUACACGGCCUUCUCCAACCACUUCUCCCGCAACCUGCUGCUGACGUACAACCUGAGGAAGAGGAUCGUGUUCCGAAAGAUCAGCGAUGUUAAGCGUGAGGAGGAGGAGCUGCUGAGGAGGAAGAACGAGGCCCCUCUGAACCUGCCCCCCGACCACCCUGUACGUCGGCUCUUCCAGAGGUUUCGGCAGCAGAAGGAGGCUCGACUUGCAGCGGAGCGCACCUUUGACGAGCUGGACGUGGAGAAGGGGGUUGUGCAGAUAGAGCAGGCUACCACCCACGAUAUCACCCCCCCCCCCACCAGCAUUGUCACGGUGACGGAAAGUCCCGCCACGCCCGUGCCCUCGGUCACUGCCGCCUCCACCUCCGGAGCGUCAGACCGUGCCAAACUCCAGGCUCCCGCACUGGGCAGCCACCCAAACUCCAAGUCCACGGAGCCGACCAGAGGAAAAGGCUGGGGAAGGUUCAAGGAGGCGGUAGGCAAGUCAGAUGGUUGGAGCAAAGUGUCCAAAGCAGAAUCGAUGGAGACCUUGCCGGAGAGGACCAAGUCACAUGAGGAGACCUCUCUGAAGAAGACGGACUCCUGCGACAGCGGCAUAACCAAAAGCGACCUACGGCUGGACAAUGUGGGAGAUGCUCGGACCCCACAGGAUCGGAGUCCCAUUCAGCCAGAGGUGAAGCACACCUUCUACCCCAUUCCCGAGCACUCCAUACAGGCCUCCAUCCUGGAGCUCAAGCAUGAACUGAAGGAGGACAUCAAAGCCCUCGGUACCCGCAUGUCCAUCCUGGAGGCACAGCUGGGUGAGAUGGUGAGGAUGCUCAAGGCCAAGAGACCACUGGACUCUCCCCAGCCGAUAUUUGACAUCUCACACCCAGGAUCGCCUGAAUCAGACAAGGAAGACAUCUUCUCGUAGAAAUCCAACAUUGCUUGGCCGUGCAGACGCAUCUUGCUAACUGCACUCAGACCCAGGAAUUAGCACUAACUAGAGGCGUCUGAAGGCCCAGAGGCUCUGCGACAUGGAGUACACUGGCAAACCAUCAGCAGUGGGAGUGGCCCAGGGCCCGGCCCAUGAUCCUUUGCUCAGCUACAGCACCGCAUCGUCGUAGUUGUGGCCCCAACGUGCGUGAGGUUUUUCGCUGGAUCACAGCUGUGCUGCGCGUCUGCUUGGUCGCCUGUGUAUAUAUCAGGUACAGGACUGAGGUUUAACUGACCCUCUUUUGUAGAGUUACAGAAUUGGGAAAGAAGUUAUAUUUUUAUUUAUCAGCCAGGAUUUUGAGACAAUUUAAACUUACUGGUGUUUCUGAAGAAAACAUCAUUUUGCUCUUCUCUGUGGCGAGCUAGUAUUCUACAUGCCAUUCAGGACUUUUGAUGUUCUUAAGCUCACUGUCCUCCUCCCAGCUUCGAUUCGACCAUGUGCUUCGGCCUUGCAGCCCCGCGUCAGCCGAUAAGAUUGUCGAACGAAGCGGAAUAAGUCAGAGAAUUAAAAAGCAGAAAUUCACGAUUAAGGACGCAGAACUUUUCUUGCACAUUAGCUCUUAUUAGCCGCAUGUGGAAGAGGUUGUACCCUGGUUGUCUAUAGUUGCUCUGGAUGAUAAAGACUUUAGAGGUUGAGGAAAAUGUGAAGUUAAUGAUACAUUUCCAUUACAGAUGGGUCUUCCAAAUCCUUAACCUCUUCAGCAUCCUCAGAGCAAAGCAUGGCAUGAUUACGAGAUGCUUACCUGCGUCUGUCCCCUGUGGCCUUGUACGUCUUUAACCUUAGAUCCAUGUGGAGUUUAGAAAUGCAAUCACAGCGUUUUGUUUACAGAUGCUAGUUACUAGGCUGGGUUAUCAGAAGCUGCUCCAUUUUCUGAGUGCACCUCUGUGGACAGGUAAUCAGGAAAGGAGUUACAGGGUCACGAAUGGUGGUGAAGUCAAUUAUGCUUUGAUUGUCCAGUCUCUGCUUUGCCUUUCAGCCAAACAUUUUCUGGAACUGCUUGUGGGGCAGGAAACAACCCAGGCUAGGGUGCCAACCCAUUGGGGAGGACACACACACACGUACCUGGAGAAAGCCCCACAGCAAGGGAGAAUAUACAAGCUCCACACCCAGAGACCUGAACCCAGGUCUCAGAGGUGUGGGGCAGCAGGGCUGACCGCUGCUCCACAUGCCACCCCCCUUGCUUUCAGCUCCAUACCAUGAUCAUGAAGGUGGUUCACCCAGGACAAAGCCCAUUACAUGUUAGCAUGGUACUGCUGUCCCAUAUGGGUUAAAUGCAGAAGACACAUUUCAUUGCAAUGCUGUUGUGUCAACAAUGAUAUCACUUCAGAUAUUCUGGUUGCCCCAGUCAUUACAUUUUUCAUGAUUUAUUUUAGAUAAUGUAGACAUAUCACAUUUUUCCUGUUGGUCCAGUAUGAGAAAUUAUUAGGAUGAGGCUGACAGGCAUUGAACGGUUCAUAAUUACUAUGUUCCCCCAUACAACCAUGAGCUGUUUGCCUGUGAAAUAUCUGUAUCUGGUCCUGACUAAAUGUACUAUUGUUGAGUAAUAAUUUCAAUUAAGAUUUAACAGUAAGGAAGCAAGUCACUAACAGACCUGACUAAAGCACCUGCUGUUCUCAAACAAAUUUGUACAGGGCCAAGUGACUAAUUUGCUUUAUAAUGUAACAACUUUAACAACCAUAAAGACAGCCAAUUCAGAAAAAUCAGUGAAGGGGUUUGAGAUUUAGCACAGAGGAUGGUGAAACGAUUCCGAAAAGUAGUCAUGUCUGGAGACAAACGAAUAAGCCAGAAUCAUUACAGAUCCUGCUUAACGCUAAUACCGUUUAACAUUAGCGUGUGUUCGUUAGCGCUUGUUAGAACAGUAAUUCCCCAAAAACACUUCAGGUUCAAGCGAUAAACCCAGAGUCAUGAGUACAUUGAUGCGUUUCAUACGAAAUGCACCCGUAAUACCUAGAAAAGUGUCACAACAGUCACAAAUUAUGGAACAAUUAGUCGAAUAUGGCCCAAAAUACAAGUGGAGUGCUACAGCUCGUUGGCGUCAUGAGAAUAUCCUACUGCUGGGAGUAAGAAAUGGAAAAGUCAUCUGAGUUUGAGAAAAUGCCAAGUACUAACCAGGGACUUUGGUGGUAUGGCGUAACGUUUUGCCGCGAUGUAAAAUAUUCCAGAGUGAGACUAGGACUUAACCGAACCAGAAAUAACUAGGUGUGACUGGGACCGGUGGGCCUGCUGAGGUGUUACACACCCGGAUCAAGAAUGAGGCAAUAUGAACCUGGCUGUUACAGCACAGGUGCCCGUAUUCUGGGCCGCUGA